UAUGGGCCUCACCUAAACCUGACCCUGCAACCCAAUCUUUUAAAUUCCAAAACCUCUUCUUUUAGGGUUCCAUCUUUGGUUCGUUCACCGUCGCCACUGCACCCACUCCGUCGCGUCUACCAGCGCUAAGCAAUGGCUCCGAAAAAAGGUGUGAAAGCUGCAGUAGCAGCACCGAAGAAGAAGCUAGGGACUAUUAAGGAGAAAGUUACGAACCCGUUGUUCGAGAAGCGUCCGAAGCAGUUCGGGAUCGGAGGGGCGUUGCCUCCGAAGCGGGACCUGACUCGGUUCGUGAAAUGGCCGAAGACCGUUCAAAUCCAACGCAAGAAACGCAUCCUCAAGCAGAGGCUAAAGGUCCCUCCCGCACUCAAUCAGUUCACCAAAACCCUCGACAAGAAUCUCGCAACCAACCUAUUCAAGAUGCUGCUGAAGUACAGGCCUGAAGACAAAGCAGAGAAGAAGGAGCGUUUGUUGAAGAGGGCUCAGGCUGAGGCUGAUGGGAAAAGUGUUGAAGCUAAGAAGCCUAUUGUUGUCAAAUAUGGUCUCAAUCAUGUUACUUACCUUAUUGAGCAGAAUAAAGCGCAACUUGUUGUGAUUGCUCAUGAUGUGGACCCAAUCGAGCUUGUGGUCUGGCUUCCGGCACUCUGCAGGAAGAUGGAAAUUCCAUACUGCAUUGUCAAGGGCAAAGCACGCUUGGGAACGGUUGUCCACAAGAAAACGGCUUCAGUUUUGUGCUUGACAACUGUCAAGAAUGAAGAUAAAUUGGAGUUCAGUAGAAUACUAGAAGCUAUUAAGGCUAACUUCAAUGACAAGUAUGAUGAGUACAGAAAGAAGUGGGGUGGUGGAAUCAUGGGUUCCAAAUCCCAAGCCAAGACCAGGGCCAAGGAGAAGCUCAUUGCCAAAGAAGCGGCCCAAAGAAUGUCCUAGAUUCAGUUGUUUUAUAUUUUUGAGGUCAUUUUUCUAUAUUUUAUUUAAUGGGAGCCUAUACAAAUUAAUGUGAGGUUUAAUUUCAUUUUGGUAGCUCGUAUUCCAUUAAGACCCGAUUUUGAUCUCUGAUAUUUGAUUAUCUCUAGUUAUUGUAGACUUAAUGAAAUGCAUUUCUUUUUUCUGUUCGGGAAUA